UAGCAGCCGGACGAGUCACAUUGGCACUGAGGAAUCAUCAUGGAGGACACAGAGCAGUACCAGGCAGCAGGGUCUGGUGCCUCCCAGACGUCCCCAGUGCAGUGCUCUCCUCUUCGCAAGAGCGGAUUUGUCAUGCUCAAGAGUAGGCCCUGCCACAUCGCCGAGAUGAGGACGUCUAAUACUGGGAAGCACGGUCACGCAAAGGUUCAUUUAGUUGGCCUGGACAUCUUUACUGCAAAAAAAGAUGAAGAUCUGUGCCCUUCAACUCACAACAUUGAUGUGCUGAAUGUCAACUGCUGUGACUUCCAGUGGAUUGACAUUAGUGAUGAUGGCUAUGUCACACUAAUGAAUGACAAAGGUGAUGCCCGUGACGACCUCAAGCGUGACGACCUCAAGAAUCGAAAAAGACUGAGAGGUCGUUUUCGAUUUGUUUACCCGAUUUUACACAUAUUCAUCAAGCUGAAUGACUUGCAAUUCUCUUAG